AUGGAAAAAUCCAAAGUUCCCAGUGAGCCACCGCCCGACUAUACAGAGGCUGCAGCUGAGCACAAUGUCGCUCCUCGACCAAGCGGACCUAUCCGGAGACCGGUGCAGCCUCUGGAUCUCCCCAUUAUCAAGCAUCUGAACACGAAGAGAGUGGUGCUUGCAUCUGCUUCACCUCGGCGCAAAGCCCUACUCCAGCAGAUUGGCCUACAAAACUUGGAAAUCACGCCGUCCACAAAGCCAGAGGACCUGGACAAGGCCGUCUACGGUCCCUACGAAUAUGUCGCGGAAACAGCGCGCAGAAAAUGUCUCGAUGUCUACACCACAUGUUUGAAGACGCGUCUGAAGUCGAUUCCGGAUCCUGAUCUUGUAAUUGCCGCCGACACCGUCAUCGUCACACGCGACGGCCGCAUCUUGGAGAAGCCCCGGAGCGAGGCAGACCACAUCCGAAUGUUGAAGCACAUGCGUGAUACGGAGAUGCACCGUGUCUUGACGGCUGUGACAGUGCUGGCACCUCGGGAAGAUGCAAGACAUCCAGGAUACUGCAUCAACACGCACACGGAAGAGACAAAGGUGUAUUUCUUUAGCGAAGCAAACGGGCUGCCGGACGAUGUCAUUGAGGCGUACGUCAAGACUCGGGAGGGUGUAGAUAAGGCAGGAGGCUAUGCCAUUCAAGGGAUUGGCGGCAUGAUCCUGGCCGAGAAGAUUGACGGCAGUGUCGAUAAUGUGGUUGGACUACCGGUCAGGAGAUGUCUAUCUAUGGCGGAAAAGGUGGUCUUCCAACAGGAUGCCGAUGAGUUUGACGAUGAGCACACCGAUGAAGAGGAGUGA